GCGCUCCGCCCGCGCCCUCCGGGGGUCGGGGGGGCGCACGGCUCCCGGGCCCGGCGGCGGCGGCGGCGGCGCGGCGGCGCCGAGGGGCAGCGGGUGGCAGGAGGCCGGGGGACGCCCAAGGGGCCCCGGGCGGCGGCGCUCAGGGCCCGAGCGGCCAGCGGCGGCCCCGGGGCUGGGGGGAGUCCAGCCCGGAUAUUGAGUGCAGCCAUUGAGAAAAGCCAAACUCUUGUGUGUGUGCGUCUCGAAUAGCCCCCAAGAUGGCCGCCAAUGUGGGAUCGAUGUUUCAAUAUUGGAAGCGAUUUGAUCUACGGCGACUCCAGAAGGAGCUUAAUUCCGUCGCUUCCGAGCUGUCUGCACGGCAGGAGGAGAGUGAACAUUCUCAUAAACAUUUAAUUGAACUCCGCCGGGAAUUUAAGAAAAAUGUACCUGAGGAAAUCAGAGAGAUGGUGGCUCCUGUAUUAAAAAGCUUCCAAGCUGAGGUGGUGGCCCUUAGUAAGAGAAGUCAGGAGGCCGAGGCAGCUUUCCUGAGCGUUUACAAGCAAUUAAUUGAAGCACCAGACCCUGUGCCUGUGUUUGAGGCAGCGCGCGGCCUAGACGACAGACUGCAGCCCCCCAGCUUCGACCCCAGCGGGCAGCCGCGGCGAGACCUCCACACUUCGUGGAAGAGGCACCCCGAGCUCCUUGGCCCUAAAGAGCAGAGAGAGGGGACGUCUCCGGCCGGACCCACGCUGACCGAGGGGAGCCGCCUCCCAGGCAUUCCCGGCAAAGCCCUCCUGACAGAAACUUUGCUGCAGAGAAAUGAGGCAGAGAAACAAAAGGGCCUUCAAGAAGUACAAAUCACUUUGGCAGCCAGACUGGGGGAGGCAGAGGAAAAGAUCAAAGUCCUACAUUCAGCGUUAAAGGCCACACAGACAGAGCUGUUGGAACUGCGGCGGAAAUACGAUGAGGAGGCAGCAUCCAAGGCAGAUGAAGUCGGCCUGAUCAUGACCAACUUGGAGAAGGCUAAUCAGCGAGCUGAGGCUGCCCAGCGGGAGGUAGAAAGCCUUCGAGAACAACUCGCCUCAGUCAACAGCUCUAUCCGCCUGGCCUGCUGCUCCCCCCAGGGACCCAGUGGGGAUAAGGUGAACUUCGCGCUGUGCUCAGGCCCCCGGCUUGAGGCUGCCCUGGCCUCCAAGGAUCGGGAGAUCCUGCGGCUGCUGAAGGAUGUGCAGCACCUCCAGAAUUCUCUGCAGGAACUGGAGGAGACCUCUGCCAACCAGAUUGCGGACCUGGAGCGGCAGCUCACGGCCAAGUCCGAAGCCAUAGAGAAGCUGGAAGAGAAGCUCCAGGCACAGUCUGACUAUGAAGAAAUUAAAACAGAGCUGAGCAUCCUGAAAGCCAUGAAGCUGGCCUCUAGCACCUGCAGCCUCCCGCAGCCCAGCUUCUUGUCUCCUCAGGGCAUGUCCAAGCCCGAAGACUCGUUGCUCAUGGCAAAGGAGGCCUUCUUCCCCACGCAGAAAUUCCUUCUGGAAAAGCCUGGUCUUCUGACCAGCCCUGAGGAGGACCCUUCAGAGGAUGAUUCCAUCAAGGACUCCCUGGGCACAGAGCAGUCCUACCCAUCGCCUCCACAGCUCCCGCCACCGCCAGGGCCUGAAGACCCCCUGUCCCCCAGCCCUGGGCAGCCCCUGCUGGGCCCUGGCCUGGGCCCCGAUGGCCCAAGGACUUUCUCAUUGUCCCCCUUCCCCAGCCUGGCUUCUGGGGACAGGCUGGCAGGGGACACACUGCUGUCCAAACAUAUGAUGCCCCCGGCCACCUUCAAGGGGGAGGCGGGUGGCCUGCUGGUGUUCCCCCCAGCCUUCUAUGGCACCAAGCCGCCCACGGCCCCUGCCACCCCAGCUCCUGGCCCUGAGCCACCCGGGGCCCCCGAGCCUGUAGAUGGGGGUGGGGGCAGCACAGCUGGGGCAGGGGCCGGAACCGAGGAGGAGCAGCUCGACACGGCGGAGAUUGCAUUCCAGGUGAAGGAGCAGCUGCUCAAACACAACAUCGGGCAGCGGGUGUUUGGCCACUAUGUGCUGGGGCUGUCACAGGGCUCGGUCAGCGAGAUCCUGGCCCGGCCCAAGCCCUGGCGCAAGCUCACAGUGAAGGGCAAGGAGCCCUUCAUCAAGAUGAAGCAGUUCCUGUCGGAUGAGCAGAACGUGCUGGCUCUGAGGACCAUCCAGGUGCGGCAGCGAGGCAGUAUCACCCCAAGAAUCCGCACACCAGAGACAGGCUCAGAUGACGCCAUCAAGAGCAUCCUGGAACAGGCCAAGAAAGAGAUCGAGUCCCAGAAAGGGGGUGAGUCCAAGAACUCCACGGCCCCACUGGGCAUCACCAACGGCACAGCCCCCGCCAGCACCUCGGAAGAUGCCAUCAAGAACAUUCUGGAGCAAGCGCGCCGCGAGAUGCAGGCGCAGCAGCAGGCCCUGCUGGAGAUGGAGGCCGGCCCCCGGGGCCGCUCGGUGCCUCCCUCGCCCCCAGAGCGGCCCUCGCUGGCUACUGCGAGCCAGAAUGGGGCUCCGACCUAUGUCAAGCAGGAGGACAGCAGCGGCGGUGGUGGCGGCGGGGGAACCAGCAGCAGUGCCACACAGACCUCCCUCACGGUCUUGUCCCCUGCUGCCUUCGUGCAGAGCAUCAUCCGGAAGGUCAAGUCGGAGAUUGGCGACGCCGGCUACUUCGACCACCACUGGGCCUCGGACCGUGGCCUGCUCAGCCGCCCCUACACCUCUGUCUCACCCUCCCUCUCCUCCUCCUCCUCCGGCUACUCCGGACAGCCCAACGGGCGGGCCUGGCCCCGUGGGGACGAGGCCCCCACGGCCCCCGAGGACGAAGCGGCGGGGGGCGAGGAUGAGCCUCCCAGAGUGGGCGAGCUGAAGGCCGAAGGUGGCGUCCCCGAAGCGGGCAGCGGUGGGCGGCUGGCCUACUACCCAGCAUACGUGCCCCGCACACUGAAGCCUACCGUGCCGCCCCUGACCCCCGAGCAGUACGAGCUUUACAUGUACCGGGAGGUGGAUACACUGGAGCUGACGCGCCAGGUCAAGGAGAAGCUGGCCAAGAAUGGAAUCUGCCAGAGGAUCUUUGGGGAGAAGGUGCUGGGCCUGUCACAGGGCAGUGUGAGCGAUAUGCUGUCCCGGCCGAAGCCGUGGAGCAAGCUGACACAGAAGGGGCGAGAGCCCUUCAUCCGCAUGCAGCUGUGGCUCUCAGACCAGCUCGGCCAGGCCAUCAGCCAGCAGCCCAGCGCCUCUCAGGCCAGUCCCACGGAACCGAGGUCCUCGCCGUCCCCACCCCCUAGCCCCACGGAGCCGGAGAGGAGCUCCCAGGAGCCCUUGAGCCUGGCACUGGAGGGCAGCAAGGAGAACCAGCAGCCGGAGGGACGCUCCAGCUCCUCGCUGGGGGGGAAGGUGUACUCGGGCAGCCAGGCCACGGGGGGCAUCCAGGAGAUUGUGGCCAUGUCCCCCGAGCUGGACACAUACUCCAUCACCAAGAGAGUCAAAGAGGUCCUCACAGACAACAAUCUAGGGCAGCGGCUGUUUGGGGAGAGCAUCCUGGGACUGACGCAGGGCUCCGUGUCUGACCUGCUGUCCCGGCCCAAACCCUGGCACAAGCUGAGCCUGAAGGGACGGGAGCCCUUUGUGCGCAUGCAGCUGUGGCUCAGUGACCCCCAUAAUGUGGAGAAGCUGAGGGACAUGAAGAAGCUGGAGAAGAAAGCCUACCUCAAGCGCAGGUACGGCCUCAUCAGCACCGGCUCGGACGGCGAGUCUCCAGCCACCCGCUCCGAGUGCCCCAGCCCCUGCCUGCAGCCCCAGGACCUGAGCCUCCUGCAAAUCAAGAAGCCCCGAGUGGUGCUGGCGCCCGAGGAGAAGGAGGCGCUGAAGAAGGCCUACCAGCUGGAGCCCUACCCCUCCCAGCAGACCAUCGAGCUCCUCUCCUUCCAGCUCAACCUCAAGACCAACACCGUCAUCAACUGGUUCCACAACUACAGGUCCCGGAUGCGCCGGGAGAUGUUGGUGGAGGGGACCCAAGACGAACCAGACCUCGACCCCAGUGGGGGUCCCGGCGUCCUGCCACCGGGCCACUCCCGCCCAGACCCCACCCCACAGAGCCCUGACUCUGAGGCUGAGGACCAGAAGCCUCCUGUGAAGGAGCUGGAGCCUCAGGAGGGCUCUGAGGCCCAGGACAAGGCCCACGUGAGGAUUAAGCAGGAACAGACUGAGGAGGACGCAGAGGAAGAGGCGGGAAACCAGCUCCGGGACCCAGGGGAGCCGGACGAAGGCCGAGGUUCCCCCAAAGAGGCGCAUCCCGACCAUCCGGAGAGUUAUAAAAUCAGGAUGCGGUCACAACUGUUGCGAAGUAUACACCGAAGUUGUGUCGUUUUUGCCACUAGAUGAGAUUAAAAGAAGACAAUUGUUCAAAGCCAUCACAAAACGCUCUAAGACUGACCAAAAUUUAGAUGACCCUUGAACUGCGGUCUUUUGCCACAUCUGUCUGUGAGACACAGCACUCUGCUGCUGCCCUUCCAGAAACCGUGCUGAAAAGACAAAGUCCAAAAGACUCUAAAUGAAAACCUCAAUGCCGUUGAGGAUGUGUUUCAUUCCGGUGGUCUGUUUUGCAACCUUGAUAACACAGAACGUCCCGUGCCGUUGUAAGUGUUGUAGAGAUGUGGGCUGUGGCCGGCCGUCCUACCCGAGACGCGACCUGGCACAAAACAAACUGCUUCUCCUCCCUCCAGUCCGAAGCCUGUGGGCCACGGAGGUCGGACACCCAGCCUGUCCAUCUGUAGACGAGAUGUGUUUCUGGAUCCUUUGGAAAGCUGGGCGUGGGGUCAGGUGAUUGGAGGGCAGCAUUUGAGCCAGAGUGACCCUGUUCCCCAACCUGAAUCGUGGCCACGGCACAGGAAGUUUCCCCACUGGCUUUCCAGAGCAGGACUGUGGCCGCCAUCUCUCCCUCCCUGUGUUUUAAGAAAAUAAUAGCGAUGGUCGUCCCACGAGCACCCAGCACCAAAAAGUAGAUUCAUCUAUCUAGAGACCCCAGCCCUCCUUCUUGCCAUCUUCUCUCUCAAGUUGACCCAGGUGCUGUUUCUGGAAGGCAUCUGCAACUCCCAAGUCCAGAACAAAGCGAGAAGGUUGAGUUCAUGGCAUGGCCACCAUACCCCAGCCUCUAAGUCUACCCUCCUGCCUCCCAGCGCACGACCUUUUGGGGAGCAAAGACUCCAUCCCCCCAACUCAGAGAAGCCCUUCCUCUAGCAUCUUUGUCGUCAGGGUCUCUGGCAGGAGAGUUCCCAGUUUGGAUGGAACCGCCACCAUGUUGGUUUUUGACUCUCUCCCUCUCUCUCUCUCUCUCUCUGUCUCUCUCCCGUUUUUAUUUCUUUUCCUUUUUCAAACUCUCUGUGGGAAGGCUGAGUUGGUUGACUCCCCCGCUGAAUCCAGAAUGACGAUGAAAAGGUGGCCAUAAUCGGUACCAAUCCAAUGCCAGGGGGAGACGGCUGGUGGGUCUCAAGGAUGCAGCAAGCAUUUCGAAACGAGGCCAGUAAAACCCAGUGAUCAGAAGGGGACAAUUGAGGGCUGUUCCAGAAAUCUCAACUCUCAUGCACCCAGCCCAGGCUGCAGUCUCCACACCAAUCAGUGAAUAACAACGCAAACCCUGCAGGAAAACGUCCUUUUCCAUACACCCAGGCUAUGCAUUGAAGAGUUUUCCACUGUAUACAUUUUUAUCCAGAGGAAGGUAUUUUUAUAUUUUGACAAUAGGAAACAGUGACCAAUUUUCAGAGUAAUCAAAUCUGGAACAAACGAAACGUCUCCUUUUAGCCACCCACCGCCGCCCUGUCACAAGACAACCGUGAGGGAAACACACCGCUUUCUACUGUCGAAACCCAUCCAACAUUGAAACCCAGGCUCACCCGUAGACUACAGAUCUUAGAGGACUAAAUCUGGCUUUUGUGUGACGGGAUUUGAUUAAGCACUUAGGAUAGUCUUUUGAACACAGAAAUCCUGUUGUACUUAAAGCUAGCAGACCCAUGAACAACUUUGUCAGGUUCACGUCCUAUAACGGUAAAAACAAAACAAAAACCCACAAAACCGUUUCUAUGAGAGAUUGAUGAACUUUGUUUAAAAUUUUAAAAACACGUUCUGUAAACGCGUCGCUCAAUACAGAAUUGUAUAAUAAUG